AUGGCAAACCUCCUCUUCCCUCCUGUACCUGGGCCUGUCAACUAUCUCGUGUGGCUGGUGGUAGUCCUACUAAUGAUGCUUUGGCUCGUGUAUCUCCGAAUAGAGUAUGGGCCUACGGUUGUGCCUAUAACCUCUGAGCAAGAGGUUGGCGAAAAGCUGCAGCCGCGGGACGUUGCUAAUAGCAGGAGACGACAACGAGGACUUGGGGAUUUGGAUGAGGCCUACUUCGCUGACCUUCAAGCCAAAGCUUUUCAACAACUCCAGAUGUCAGAGCCCUUUCUUGGUAGAUGGGUUGGCCGCAGUGUAGAAAAGAUACGCAAGCAUCGUGAUUGUAGACGGAAAGAAAACUAA